UAUGUUCUUCUACUCUGCCCUUGUUCAACUCUAGUAUUUCUCUAAUUUCUUCCAUUGCUUUUUUGUUUUAGUGUUUGUUUUGGAUCAUUACAAUUUCUUUACCAACUUCAUACGGGUGAUUGUGAGAUAAUAACAAAUUAACAAUAAUCUUAUUACAAAGUUUAGUAAUUAAUCUUGCAAAAUGUUUGGCUGAAUUUGCAAUUUUCCAACAUGGGAUUACUGGUGGUUAGAAGUUAAAAGUUAAUUGAAACUCAACCAAGAUUAUAGGCAGUGACAGCAGAGGAAAAUAUGUUUUGUUUCGAGGUUUUGCAUGAUUAAGCACCGGAUUGCAAGUAAGUUUCCCGUAAAUAUAAAGGGAGAAUAACCUAGGAACAGAGUAAAUACGUUGUUAACAUGCAUACAUUAAUAGUCAAUUCAACACAUGAAUGUAUCAACAACUUACGGUUGAACAGUUCUUAUCUCAUUAAAAACACUUAAGUAUAAAGUAUAACAUAAAUUGUCACCCUCCUAUACCUAAAAUGAGAAUACCAAUCAGCUAGUGUUCGCAACAUAUUUAUAUAAUUCUCAACCAAGCUUCAAUUGAAAAUGCUGCUAAGUAUUGGUGUUGAUCUCAUCCCCAUGAACAUUGUAAAAAGAAUAAUAGUAGUAGAAUAUAUAGAAACAAAAGAUGCAUGAUUUUACCAAAUAGCACGAGAGAUAUUGUAUCAGUAUUUUUUUUUAUGUAAAAUGUUAUAUAAUAAAAAAUAAAGAAUAAUACUAAAAAAAUCACAUUUCAUGUAUGUUGUGGGAAGCUUCAGUGACGCUCUGUUUUGUCUUUCAUGGUCCUUUAAGAUCAGUGAUUGCUUUAGAAAGCGCUUCUUUGAAAACCUAACACGUAGGGACAUUCCUUUAAUUCAAUUAUUGAACAAUUACAUAGAAAUAAGUGCUGCACUUUUUUUCGCUGUUUAUGAAAUUAUCGAAUUUUCACUUUAUUCUCAUCAGGACCGUGUGGCAUCACAAAGCUCAUAUCUAAAACGCCACCUAACGGAAACCUCACACCUCACUCUCUCUCCACCGUUAAACAUAACGCCGGAGGCCUUCGCCGCCGUAGCGGAAUUCUGUUACAACGGUAAAGUCCAAAUGACGCCGGGAAACGUCGCCGCCAUAAGAACCGCGGCGGAGUUGCUGGGAAUGACGGCGGAAGACGGCCUAAGCCACGUGGCGGAAACGCGCUUCCGCGAAGUCGUUGGCACGAACAAAGAGUGCGCGUCGACGGUUCUCCGUUCGUGCCUGGCUCUGCUUCCCGAGGCCGAAACGACGGCGUCUCUCGUUAGCAGAUGCAUCGAAGCGUUAGUCUACGUUGACGGCGUUAGAAGUUUAAACGACGUGAUGGAAAUGCAGCCACGAGAUUUUCAAACCGUGGCUGAAUCGAUGGGUAGAAGGUGGGAGGACCACGACGUGCUCUAUAAGAUAGUUGAUAUGUAUCUCAAGGAAAAGAAGAUUGAGAAAGUGAAGGAGGAAGAGAGAAGUGGAAUAUGCAACUCGAUAGAAUGUUCCAAGCUCUCGAGUGAGACGCUGAUAGAGUGCGUUCAAAACCCUAGAAUGGCGUUGAGAUUGGUGGUGCGAGCGGUGGUGGUGGAACAUCUCAACACUCGCCAUUCCAUGGCAUUGGCGAGUGCUCAACGAGAACGCCGGCAACGACGACGUCGUUCGAUGACGCUAGGGGAAUUUCUCCACCGAGACGCGGCUCUGAGCGAAAGGGCGAAGCUGAGGACAACGAUGGAUUGCACGAAUGGUCGCAUAGGAAGGGUGGAAGAAGAGGUUAGGUGCAUGAAGAGAGUGUUGCGAGAAUGUGAGGAGAAGGAGGCGUUGCGUUCGGAGAGUUUCCACUUUGUGGCGGUUGAGAAAGGUGGUGGAGUGAAGAAGGGGGAAAGGUGGUCGGCUUCGUUUGAUGGGGGAAUGAGGAGGUCUUCUUUCUCUGUUGAUGUUCCCAAGAUGAGUGCAACUUUUGGGCAGAGGUUCAUGAGUGGACUCAAGAAUGCAUUUCGGAUGCCAAAUUCAGCAACAACUUGACUCAAUAACACACAAGUUUGAAAACUGUUACGCUGGUAUUAAUUUAUGAGUGUGAUGUGGACAUAAUUAUAAACCUUGUGUGUCACUUAAUUCAGCUAUACUAUAUCACAGGCAUUAUUUAUACUUGUUAAUUUUUGUAGAUAUAUACUUUUUUUCUUUCUUCCCCUCAUUUUAUAUUUA